CGGUCUUACAUUUCGAUUCAACUUCCGUACUCACGUCCCCCAUUUUCCCCUGCGAAACCCUAAAUCGGAGAGAUGUGGUUCCUCCGGUGCCAACAAAUGUCCAUAACUUUCUAACCCAGUAAGUCUCCUUUGCUAUUUGAGCGAUUCCGGCGGUGGUGUUUGGAUUUACACCGGUGGGGGGUUAUCUCUCUUUUGCCCUGGACGCGGCGGUGGAGGUUCUCCAGAAAGCGUCUAUGGAGAGAGCUCGAAAAGGGCGUCGUAACAGGUUAAGCCAUCUUCCUGAACCGAUUAUUUACCACAUCCUUUCAUUUCUCGACUCCAAAUCCGCCGUCCAGACCUCUGUGUUGUCCCGAUCAUGGCGAUGCGCUUGGAAAAAUGUACCUGUCCUCGAUCUAAACACAGCUUCCUUCGAGCGGUAUUCGCGUUUCGAAAGGUUUGGGGACAAAGUGAUGUCCCUCCGCUAUCCCCUUAGUCUCCGCAAGGUCUGCUUCGUCGACGAGGAGAUUAUGCACAAACGACGGGAUCAUCCCCUGUUCGAGAGGGUCAUCGAACAUGCCUUCUCCCACGAUGCUCAACAUGUUGUGAUUGAGCUCGAACAUGAGUUGGAGCUCGAGGAGAAUUUCGACUUCUCCCGUUUGUUUUGCUCGGUCACGAACAGCAGCAAUGUCAAAACUCUGGAAGUGAGAUGGGUGAAGCUCGACUACAAAUCUGAAUUCUCUGGUUUUAGGUCCCUGACGACUCUGAAUUUGUACUGUUGCUGGCUGGAUGCUAGGGAUGUGUUCUCUGAUUCUAAUUUCCCUUGUCUGAAGAAUUUAGCCAUCGAGAAGUGCGAAUGCUACGGCUAUUCGGGUAGCAUAUCGGGCCUCCAUUUGCUUAGCUUGAUGCUCUUACCUGUGCCUUUUCAGCAAGUUGAAGUAUGUGCACCAAAACUCAAAUUCUUGAGCUUUUGCACAAGUGAGGUACCUGAUUCUGAGGCGCUGUCAAAGUUCAGCCUUCCUUCCCUCGAGCAUGCUGAAGUCGGCGGUUACUUUCCGUUUGAGCUCCGUGACAUAAGAGAGCAACAUUUGAUCUCUUUGUUCCAAGAUUUGCACAACGUUAAAUCUCUGACGCUGCGUUCCCAGACCGUGAAGGUACUGAGUAGGAUUUCUGGGGUUCUGGAACAGCAACCCGCUCCUUUUACGAGAUUGGCGCAUUUGAAGUUGUUUUCGCGGUCGAACAGCGUACCUAUGGAAGUGGUCAAUUAUUUUCGCAAAGGAUCGCCUGGUGACGAACCACGAAUCGAGUUUAUUGAUGAAUGGGAGUAGACUGCUUUCGCCAUGGGAUCGAGUUUCUAUCGAUAUAGCUAGUGGAAAUCAGUUGGAGGACCUAGGGUAUUUCUAUCCCUAUCUUUAUCCUUGUGAAGAACAUAUUUCGUGAAAAUGGUUUUUUCCAAGUACAAUUUUGAAUUCUCCCGUUUGUUUGGCUCAGUCGUGAAUAGCAAUGUCAAAACUCUAGAACUAAGAUGAGUGAAGCUUUGGUUUUGAAUCUCAGUACUCUGGUUUUAGAGACGACUAUGAAUUUGUACAUUUGUUGGUUGGAAGUUCUGAAACCUUGGAAUCGGAUUGACUGAUCUCAUGCUCCGAGGAUAGAAAUAUGCUCACCGAAACUCGAAUCCUUCAAACUAGGGCAUGACUUGCAAUUCUUGAAUUCCGCCAACACAAAGCCCUCCUUCCCUCGUUCAUGCUCAUCUUCGGCUUUGUGAUGGGGAACUCGAGAGGGGGGAUAACAAGGAUCUCUUGCUUCAACGUCCGAUCUCCAUGUUCAAAGCUUUGAAUAAUGCAACGUCUCUCAGACUGGAUUACCAAAACUGUCCGGGAAGGAAGAAUUCCUGAAUAUCAAGGCGUCCACAUACUUUAGACUAUGUGCACCAAAGCUCUCCAAAUUCCCAGCGAUGGCAAUGGUGACGGCGACCGAGGAGAUCUGAUCGCUCGACACGCGACGGGCGACGACAUGCAUCGCCUCUCCAGAGUUUGCAUGCUGCCUUUCUCGCUCUAUCUCCCCUUUCCGGUUCACGCUCCAGAAGAGGGAGAAGGAGAAGAAGAAUCACGAAGGUAGAUGGAAGUUGGGGGAAGGUAGGGAAUCGAUUAGGUAUUGUGUGGGUUUUUUUUUUUUUUUUUUUGCAAAGUCAGGUGUUGAAAUAGGCAGCCGUACAAAAGAAAUAAAAAGCGCGAGAGUCGACCAAUAGUCGAACUCUCGAUGAAAGGGCCUUUUGUGCCACAAGAUGGGCAGCCCUAUUGAGUCUGAUGAAGAACAAAACAAUAAGAAACAUAAUGGAAAAGAGAGCCAAGCCCCG